GCUCAGAGUCGGCGGGCUGGAAGUGUUUGUCCCACUGAUGGCUGUCUCAUUCUUCUCUGACGAACCAUCUUGAUGAGAUCUCCAGUUCUCGAUGCCCAAAAAGCAUCGCAAGUUUAAGCUAAUCAAGCCAGAAGCGUCCGUCCACCAUUCUUUAGCAUCUUCCUCUUCUCGACGUCGAAACGACCCCUCACGCUCCGAGCAGCUCUCCGUCAACGACCUUAUCCAGCACCUACGGCGGACGCAACUUUCGACGGUCGAGCCCCAGAAUGUCGUGGGUGCAACAGAAGUCGUCGCAAAAUCCGUACACCCAUCGAUAAGAAAUAUUUUAGAUUUACCCGCUCCGCCGCCCCCUCGUCCACGUUCCGGACUAAGACCGCAGAUAGGCACCCGGAGACUACGACGAACUCCUGGGCCUGCAGCGCCUUUGAGCUGGCUGUCACAAAACCACGAACGGCCUGUAAACGAUGAGAGCAGAAGUGCCGGUUACCAUGGCGAGGUUCAACGACACCUUGACCGGCUACCAGGACUAAAUUUCCCUCCAGAGCGAUCCCUACAGCAUACCAUUCUAAAGACCAUGGCAUCCAAUUGGGAUUGGCAUCUCGUUUACGAUGGAAUUUUCCUCUCCGAAUUACCAACGCAAGUUAGGCAAUUGCUGCUUAGUUACAUCGCUGUCUAUACCGACCACGCGACCAUGGGUGCCGGUAUGCAGGGCUUAAAACCGCUCUUUUUGGACAAGACUCCGGAUGGUGAAGUAGAGACACAUCCAGAUGUCAUCCGACUUGAUCUGUCUGGUGCACUUGGGCACUGCAUUACCUUGAAGUUACUGGUGCGUGAGCUGAAAUAUGAACUCCCUGAAUUGAAAAGGGAAGAUGCGUAUGUCCCCGCUUCGUGGGAAGAGGAAGCAUCAGAUGAAGCCAGUUCUAGUCGAACCAGUCUCACUACUCGCCAACCUUUCCUUCCGCGAUUUGAAAAACUCAAAUAUCUAUCGCUUGCACAGCCAGCACCGGCGGCAGCAAAUUGGGGUUCCCUUCUCCAUCUACUUUCUCAACUAGCAACUCUAACGCAUCUAUCACUCGCACACUGGCCAGUUCCUACCCUAUCCAUCAGUACAGUAGUGAAACACGGCCCGUCCACGACUUUUGAGCAGCGCUUGUCACCGUCCGAUGAUGAUAUGUCUGAAGCAGCAACGGUGCUCGGAAAGCUUUCUCGGGCAACUUAUUGUCUGCAGUGGCUGGAUCUUGAAGGCUGCACUGAGUGGCUUCCUUCUCUUUGUUGGAGCAGAGAGAAUCAACAUGCUUCCCUGGGUCAGCCUCUGGGCCCUGAAUGGAAUGGAUCGUGGCGUGGGAUAGCAUGGUUGGGCUUAGGCUUUGGAUGGGCGAAAGAGGUGCCAGGACCCGAGGAUGACCUUAUUAGCAACGAGAAUAUGCAGCAAGAAGAGCAUUCGCUUGGCCAUGGGGAAGCUGGGACUCGACGGGUUACUCUCCGCCCUGGUCAAGAUUUACUUGCGAUAGACAACGCACAUGGCCAUGGACAGGCAAUUCAGAAAGGAUCCCGUCUCCGUUGGCAAGAGAAAAUGUGGCAUCUACAUGUCGCCAAGGCGAAAAAUAUCGGGAGGUCGAUUCAAAAUCUCAGGUCUGAAGAUAAGGGGAAGUGGAUUGAGGUCUCCGUUGGAGAUGCAAAACCAUUCUCUACUUAAUAACUAGCACGUAUCGACACAGAAAUCAUGCUAUGUGACGAUGACUUCGAAAACUAUGAUUACUCCUAGAUGCAUAGUAACUAUAUGAAUUCUUGUGAUAAAAUUUGGGUAUUCUUCAAUAGGAGUGGCACUUUGGGUAGACGCC